CGUUUCUUUUCAUUAAUUUUGCUACAAUUUUAUGUAUUGUUCGCAAAUAAUUAUUUCUGCAUUUCGUUCAAGUUGGACGUAAAUCAUUUAUAUUAUUUGGUCGAGCUACAUAAUUUUUAUGUUUUAUGUUUGUUCUGCUAUAAUAAGAAUUACAGUUAUAGUCGUCGGUCGUGCUCGUUGUGUAACCGAACUUGGUCUUUUAGGUAUUCGCCAUCACACAUUUUCCAAUUAAGAAAGAAGGCAGUUAAUAUUGCAGUUUACCCUAAGGGUGGUGAGCGCCAUGCAUGAGGAUCGUUGGUACUUCUCAAAAGAGCAGCUGGAGAAUACACCCAGCAAACGAUUUGGCAUCGAUGCUGAUAAAGAGCUGUCAUACCGACAGAUUGCUGCCAACCUCAUUCAAGAGAUGGGCCAAAGGUUGCACACCACCCAACUGUGUAUAAACACUGCCAUUGUGUAUAUGCACCGUUUCUACAUGUACCACCCCUUUACACUAUUUCAUCGCAAUGCAAUAGCUACUGCGUGUCUUUUUCUUGCUGCUAAGAAUGAAGAACAACCUCGGAAAUUGGAACAUGUUCUCAAGGUUUCCAUAAUUUGUCUAAAUAAACAACAUGGUCAUAAUUUUCAUCACAUUGAUAAUAAAUCUGAAGUUUAUUUAGAACAAGUACAAGACUUGUUAAAAAAUGAAGAAACUUUGUUAAAAACCUUAGGUUUUGAAACAGCCAUUGAUCACCCUCAUACUCACAUAGUAAGAUGUUGUCAUUUGGUAAGAGCUAGCAAAGAUCUUGCCCAGACAGCAUAUUUCAUGGCAUCCAAUAGCCUACAUUUAACUACCAUGUGUGUCCAAUACAAACCAACCAUUGUCGCUUGCUUUUGUAUACAUUUAGCUUGCAAAUGGUCAAAAUGGGAGUUAAAAGAUAGUAUGGAAGGAAAACCAUGGUUUUGGUAUGUAGAUCAAAGUGUAACAACUGAACUACUAGAACAAUUAACUACAGAAUUUUUAACAAUAUUUGAUAAAUGUCCAUCUCGUCUGAAAAAACGAUUAAUGGCCACCAAUACAAUGGACAAAAAUGGAGCAUUAGCAAAUUAUUGUUCUUCUCAACAAAUUCAAUCACCAACUCCUCCUUUGCCUUCUAAUUACAAACACCAGGGUCAUUCCCGAAUGAUAAAUGCUAGGCCUACGCCGUCCAAAUUUCCUAAUCCUGUAGUCUUCCAACCUCCAACCAGAACUAAUGGUGUUCCAGUCGAUCACAAAUUUGUAGUACCUACUACUAAACCUAUUCCUUCUAAAGAGCAAGUCUCACCAAUUGUCCAAAAUAAAUCAUUAGCACCAGUAAAACCUAAAGUUGAAAUACCAACAACUUUAAAUAAUAAUAUUAAAAAUGAAGUUCUCCCUCCAAGACCUAAAUCAAUACCUAAACCUCCAGAACAUGUUAAUAAACAAGAAGUGGUUAUUAAACAAGAAAUGGCAGUCAAACCUGAACCUAUUCGAAAUCAAUUCUCUGUUGGUCGGGAUAACCAUUCUGAAGUAAUAACAAGUGUGCUCAAAGAAAUGACCAAGCAUAAUGAUUUAAAUAUUUUAUCUGUGAUCAAAUCCCCUCGAGAAUCUCCACCCAAAGUUAAAAAGCCAUCAAUAUUUAGUCCAGUACCUGAUGAUGAACCACAAGAUGUUAAGCCUUAUAUUAUUAAAUCUGAACCAACAGAAAAUAAUAUUGUUAUUAAAUCUGAACCAUUAGAUGAAAGUUAUAAUAAAUCUGAACCACUAAUAGAAAGUUAUGUUAAAUCUGAACCAUUAAUAGAAUCUUAUAUUAAAUCUGAGCCAAUGAGCCCUGAAUUACUGGAUAUACCUAAAUUUGAUCCAGAGCUAAUGUUGAAUCCUGUUGGCCCAACUGGUACUAUUGAAAUGGAUGGAGAAACUUGUAAUUCAAAUACACAUAAAAAGAAAAAGAAAAAACAUAAAGAAGAAAAACGUGAGAAAAAGAAACAUAAAAAAGAUAAAAAGCACAAGGAUGGAGAACAUAGACAUCAUAAGCAUAAAGAUAAACACAAAGAACCAGAACCUAUUAGAAUUACAAUACCAAAAGAAAAAAUUAAGCAAAUACCACCUGUAGUUAUAACUACACCACAUUCUCCACCUAGAGGCAUUAAGUUAAAAAUUGCUAAAGAACGAAUUGGAGGUAGUGGUCCAGGUUCUGGAAGUAGUUUACGUAUUAAAAUCAGUAAAGACGACAGAGGAUUAAAAAGGGAUCAUAGUCCUAAUGAAACUACUCCAAAGAGAAAUCGUAAAGAAAGAAGAGAUUCUGAUUCAGGAUUAGGUUAUAGUCUGAGUUAGUAUUUAUUGUUUGUAAACUGGAAUCGAAACUAUAUAUCAUACAUUAUUAUUUUUUGUUUUUGUAACAAAACAAAAUG